UUAUGUUUUAAAUAUUGUCUCUAAGUGGUCCCCCUGGUGUUAACUGUUGUUUGUCACAAAAAUUUGAAUUUUGUUUUUAUGUUGCAAUAAAAAGGAAAUAUAAGAUGUCGAUGACUCCCACGACACUUUUAGCAAAAUUAGAUGAACUCAAGAGAUGGCAACAGACCCAGCAGGAGAGGCUUCUGAAGCAACACCAUCAUAGACUCGAUGAAGUGAGUAGGCAAGGUUCUUCUUAUUCUGAAAAUGAUACAAUCAAAGGUCUCUCUGCUUUUGAUUCCUUUGAUAAAAAUGAAUCCAAAGAGGUGGUCAAUGUUAGUAUACAUGCAAAGCCCAAGAGACCCUACCUCAAGAGAGGUUCUGGUUUGAGUAAAUUUGGUAUGAAACCAGGGGAUCAGCAGAAGCCGUUCAAUAAAAUGAAACCAGGAAAAACUAUUUUUCACAAAAGACUGGAAAUGCAAAGGAAAAUGGAAAAAAGUAGGAAUGAGGAACAUGUGGAACAAGUAAUAACACCUCUGAAAGUACCAGAAUUUAAAAUACUCCCCAAAGCUAAAUGGUCUACUGUGGAGGAGUACUCAAGAGAAAAUCCAUUGCCUGUAAUUGUGCAUGAAGAACCUUCCCAAUUACAAGAAGAAGAGAGUGAAAUUCUGGAUACUCCAGAUAAAAGCAUGUUGAUUACUAUUAAGAAGCUUGCAGCUGAAAGGUUUGGUCAAUGUGGAGAACCCAAUGUUGUCAAUGAAGACUUGCUAAAAUAUUUAGAAGGUUUAGUUGUAAACAAUGAUGAUAUUCUAAAUGGGUCAGGUGUGUCAGCAUAUGAGAAGAAACUUGAAAAGGAAUUGCACAUUUUUGAGGAACUCGAGCAGAAAGUACAGAACAGCAGUUUCUGUUCAACAAAUUCCAGUGUAUUGCAGUUACUGUCAAGCACACCAAAUAAAAUUGAACCUUAUUUAGAGAAAAAGACUGUGCACUUUAGUAUUACCGAACCCGUGAGACAAUGCAACGUUAAGAAAUCCUUGGAUUUUCAAGAAACCGUUUUAUCUGAAAACAGUUCCAUAACAUCAGAAGAUUUGGAAAAUAGAACAAUGCAAGCCGAUGACACUAGAUGCGACGCUUAUGAAAAUAAAGAAGAGGAAUACACAUCUGAUACAACAAGCUGUUGUUCACUUCCCUCUUCAUCCGGAUCUCAACGAAUUAUUACGAAGCAGAACGCUUGUGUCAUGACAGAUUUUCCAGAUCCGCAGGACAGAAAACUGCAAGAUGAAGCAUUAAUAAAAGCAAAAGUGGCAGAAUUAGAGCUGGAAAUUGCAACUUUUAGAACUGAAAAUAAAAAAUUAAUUAUGCAAAGAAACGAUUUUGAAGCGGAGAAGAAGGAGUUUCAGAAAGCAAAGAAGGUUUUAGAGAUAGAAUUACAAGAGGAGAGGAUCAAAUUAGAAAUAGAGUUUGAGGAGGAGAAGAAGAAAUUGACAAAGGAAAAGAUGGUUUUUGAAAAAUAUGUUAAAGAUUUACAAAACAAGCCGAAUCGAAAGGAACGCGAGGAGAUUUCCAAUCUAAAGAUUGAAUUGGCCAAUACAAAGGAGACUUUGAAGUUGAAGGAAACUCGAAAUGGAACGACGCAGGCCAGGCUUCGGACGCAAAUCAAAUCUCUGGAAAAGGAUAAUGGGAAUCUGAAGGAUGAAGUGGAGAAGUUACAGAAGCAGAAUGCCAAAUUGGUAGCUGCCCAGAAAGUUGCGCGAAAACCUUCGGAGACGAAGAUGUUACACGAAAUCAAUAAGAACCUAACAAAAUUAUCGCAGGAUGUUAAAGUCAACAAAUCGAUACACAAAAUGGAGAAGAGCAUAGAAAAGAACGCAGAUAUGGAUAAUAGUCUGAUCAUUUUAGCAGAUAGCAGGAAGAGUCGAAGUAAGAGGAAAAGUGGAAACUACGAAAGCGAGUACCAGAGUAGCUUCAACAGAAGUAGCGACAGUUUGAAAGAAAAUCGAAAGUCAUUGGAGCGUAAGAAAUCCAGUGAUGAGGAGAGCGAAGAAGAAGCAGUAUUCUGUAGAACGGCAAAAAGCAAUAACGACAUCGAAUGUAAUCUACGCUUAUCAAAUCAUAAAGGUACAGAAGAAACUAAUAGCUUUGAAAAGGUUUCGAAUACAACAAAUUUCGAUAUAACCAGUUUUGGAAAUUUGACGGAAAUCGUCAAUAAAUACGAUAGGGUUUUCGGAAGCGAUAGUUGCAAAACAAGGAAUAGCAGCUUAAAUGAUACCCAAGUUGCUGGAAAACUUGAAACUAUUUUGGAAGACGGUUCUAAAGAAACGAAGUAUCCCAAUGGAAAUGUAAAGAUAACAUCUGCUGACGGUAAUCUCAUUCGUUUAAAAUAUUUCAAUAACGAUAUAAAGGAGACGAACUUGUUGGAUGGAUCUAUCAAGUAUUUCUAUGCAGAGAAUGGUGUAUGGCAAACGACUUUGGUUAAUGGGAACGAAAUCUUUGAAUAUUCCAGUGGACAAAUCGAAAAGCAUUUCAGCGAUGGCUCUUCGGAAAUAUCUUUUCCCGAUGGUUCAAUAAAGCAUACAAAAAGUGAUGGCACCGAAAAUGUCGUGUAUCCAGAUGGAUCGGUGGUUACUGUGAACGCGAAUAAAGAAAAAGUGUUGCUUUUACCAAACGGGCAAAAGGAAAUACACACGAAAGAACAUAAGCGAAGAGAAUAUCCUGAUGGUACUGUAAAGAUUUUGUACCCGGAUGGAUUGCAAGAAACGAGGUACUCGAACGGUAGGAUUAGGAUGAAAGAUAAAGAUGGUAAUCUGUUGAUGGAUUCGCAUUGCAAUGAUGCGUGAUAGCUUUAAAAUAGUUCUUUAAGCAGAAGCAACUCUAUAAUAUUAUUUUGUAUAAUUUUUAAUCUAUUUAUUUAAAUAAAAAAAAAUAACUAUUUGA